ACUACUACUGCUAUGGCAGCCUGCGGACUAAUACAACAUUCUUGCAUGUGUUUCUGACUUUCGCGCGUGCGCGCCCCGUGACGUCGGCCCGCAUGAGGAAGGUGCUACAAAUGGCUGCACCAUUUCAGAAAGCACAAGACCGUCUGGCGCUCCAUGAACUCAUCCGAGUGGGGGUUGGCCGGCAGGAGGACCUGCGCUUGCUCCAGAACGUGGCUAUGCAGGCCGCCUGCCUGCCUGCCGCCUCGCUGGCGCAGCUGUUGCGCGAGGCCGCCCUGCGCGAGGAGUGGCGAGGCCAGCGCGAGUCAGCGCUGCUUCACUCGCUGGGCCCUCAGUCGCUGGCGGGGUUGCUGGGGCUGGGGCCGGGGUCGGGGCCGGGCGUGGGCUCCGCUGACGGGCGGAUGCUAGCCGACCAAGUGGCCGCGCUGACAGAGAUGAUAGAGCAGCAGCAGCUGCGCCGCCGUCAGCGCGCGGCGCAGUCCGGCGGCUAUCGCGGCGGCGGCACGCCGGGGGCCGCCUCCCGUGGCGCGCCGCUGUCCCCCCGCUCAACCGCUUCCGGCGCCGGCGGCGGCGGCGGACCCGCCAUGUUUAAGCCCUACCUGGCCGCCCCCACGCCGCCACGGCCAGCCACGGUUCGUGGCGGCACGGCUGCGGGUGGGGUGCGGCCGCCCGGCCACAGCUCCCCCCUGAUGCGGUCCGUGUCAGCAGGUGCGGGCGCUUACGAGCAGGCGGCGGGGGACGGCGCUGGAGGCGGCAGCGGUGCCGGGAGGGGCGGCGCCACUGGCGCAGGAGGACGGGGCGCGGGAGGGGCAGGCGGGAGCCUCAGCAGCGGCGGCGGAGCCGGCGCCAGCGGCGCAAGCCGGCUGACGCCUCGGCUGUCUGGUGGCGCCGCGUCCGCGAUGGCUGCUGCCGCUACCAUUUACGGAAUGGGGGCUGGUGGCGGCGGGCUCGGCGCCGCCGCCGCCGCCGGCGGUCGCAGUGCGCUUGUGGGGUCUCCCGCGCGCGGGCUCCGAGCCAACAGCAGCAGCUGUACCGCCGGUGGCGGCAGUGGCUUGGCCGGCGCCCGCCAGGGCACAGCGCGCUCGGUCGCGGGGACCGGCGGCGCUGGCAGCACGUGGGAGCGCGCGUACACGCCUCAGACCUCUUCACUGUCCAGCAGCAGCAGCAGUAGAGCUGGCGGUGGUGCACCGCCGGCAAGUGCCGGGCGCACUUGCUCGCGACCGGGCAGCGCGCCGGACGAGGACGGGCCAAUGCCGAUGUCGCGAGGCGGGGCGGGCGGGGGGCAGGAGGCGGCGCCGGGCGCGUCGGGAGCGGCGGCAGCUGCGGCGGCUGCAGCCGCGGCGGCGGCGGCUGUGGGCGCUGGGACGGACGGUUCGGGGCAGCGGAGAGGCGGCACCGGCGGCGGGGGAGCGGGAGCUGGAGGCGGCGGCCGGGAGCCGGACCGGUCCAGUGGCUUCAGGCACCUAUGGCGGCUGCAGGCGCUACUGAUGCAGGGCCUGCGCGCGCAUGCGGCGGAGGAGGGCGGCGGCGGGGCGCUGGAGGCGCUGGCGGCGAGUGUGGGCGAGGGCCAGCGCUUCUUCGUCGACUGCCUAGCGGAGGCCGCGGACGUGGCGGGCCUGACACUAGCUGACGUGGCAGCGGGCGUGGCACUGGGCGGCCUGGCGGCCGCGGGCGCGGGCGCGGGCGUGGGGCCGGGGCCUGGUGGUGUGGCUUGGGGAGCUGCAGGCAGCAGCAGACCCGGGACCAGCGCCAGCAUGAUGGGGGGAGGGGCUGGCGGGUCGCCAGGUCAGCGGGUGCCAGGCGCGGGCUGGGACAGGCUGCUGCGGCUGGGGCAGCUGGGGUUGACGCGGGCGGACAUUGCGCGGCUGGACGCCAUUCGGCGGCAGCAGGCGGCGCGGACCAUACAGCGCGCGGCGCGGCGCUGGAUGCGGCGGCGGCGGCACCGGCGGCGGCUUGCGGAGGCGCGCGCUCGGGCGGACGCCAUGCAGCGGAAGCUGAGGGAGCGGGCUGCCAAGGUGAUUCAGGCCUGGGUGCGCGGCCACCUGGCCCGCCGCACCGCGCAGCGCCUGAGGGCGGAGGCGGAGCGGCAGGCGCAGCGGAGGCGGCUGGCGGAGGCGGCGCGGGCGCGGGCGGCGGCCGUCAUCCAGCGCGCCUGGCGGGCGCACCGGCGGGCGGUGCGCUACGCGGCGGCCCUGGCGCGGGCGGAGGAGAGGCUGCAGCAGCAGGGCGGCGCGGCUGGGGCUGGGGCGGGGGCGGGGGCUGUAGCAGGUGGGCUGGUGUGCGGUGUGGCGGGGCGGCCGCGGAGUCGCUACUCGCUGGAGCAGGCGGUCGUUAUCAUACAGGCGGCGCUGCGCGGCUGGGCAGUGCGCCGCAGCAUCGGGCUGUGGUGGGCGCGCACACGGACGGGGCUGCGCACGCGGCGGGCGGCUGUGUCCAGCUGGCGACAGCACCAGCGCUUCAUGAAGGCCAGCCAUGACAUGCAGGCGCAGCUGCUGGGCGCGCUGGUGCGGGAGGCCCAGGUGGCGGAGGCGCUGGAGGCGGACCGGCGGCGGCAGGCGGCGGAGAUGGAGGCCGCGUUCGGCGAGUGGCUGCUGCAGCAGCAGCGGGUGGCGCUGUCGCAGCCGCUGCCGCGCGGCUGGGUGCCGCACCCACACCCAGACGACCCCACACGCAUGUGCUUCCUCAACACACGCACAGGCGACUUGCACUCGCUCCACCCGGCCAUGGCGGAGCUGGCGCGCCACGCCUCGGAGCAGCACGCCGCCGCCGCCGCCGGCCUGGCGGCGCGCUUCGAGGGCCUGCCCGCCUACGUGGCGGCGCUGCACGAGGCCACCGCCCGCCAGGCCGCCAUCGCCAUGCGGGCCAUUGCGCUCAUGUACAACAGGGCCGCGGUCAGCGGCGGCGGCGGCUCCGGCUCCGGCUCCGGCUCCGGGCCCGGGGCGGUGCAGGCGCAGGCGCAGGCGGUGCCUCAGGGCGCAGGGGCGGGGGGCGGCAAGGCGAGGUGAGGUGAGGUGAGGUGAGGCGGUGUGGAUGUCCGCACAGGGGCCAACGCAUUUGCAUGCUGAACGUUGCUGUUGAUUUUGUGAGGUGCGUCUCAGCUGAGUGCCACAGGCGGGGCCGGGCCACGGGGCCGGCCCGGACAUUUUGUUGCAGUGAGCGGCUAGUGAGUGACGAACAAGGUACUGAGCGAAAUCUGUUCAGCUAAAGGUGCUGAACAAGGUAUUGAACGAAAUGUGCUGAACGAACGGUGCUGAACAAGGUGCUGACAAGGGCCGCGUUGCGUGGGCCUAGUUGCAUGGGCUUGGUCAAGGCGAGUUUGGGGCAGGGCGGCCGGUUGCGUAUUUGCCUCCCGGGCGGUGGGGGGGAUGUUCGUGUUGCUGGGCCAUUGAGAUGCUCGUCAGGUUCUGAUGCGGGCCCGUGUAGACUGUAGACGUGACGACGUGCGGUUGCAGGUGGCGUGACCUACAGAUGGACACCGUACAACGAGAACAAACAUCCAAAUGCUGCAGUUGUGCUGAUGGGCUCGUACUGAUCAACUUGAGACUACGGUGAACAGUGCCUUAAUUGCUCGUGCGGGGCAUGGCUGAUGGCUGAGCGCCCGUGGGGGCGUGGCGGCACAAAGUAGCCGCUUGCAGGCGCAGUUGCCGAUUCGAGGAGGUUCCCGCAACCAGGGGCCUCCCUGGCCACAACUGGUUUCAGCGCUUGACACCUAGGAUGAGCGGAUUAGGUUCAUGGUGACCUGUACUAAGCAUAGGACGCAGCACUGGCGGGCUGUGUAUGCGUGUGUGCUAGGUGCGCUAGGUGCAGCGCAUUGCAACGUGACAGGCCGUGACGGGAAGGCGCGGCGUGCGUGUGCGUAGAGGGGGCGGGCGCGCUGCUUCACUGCUACCAAGCAUAGGACGCAGCACUGGCGGGUUGUGUGCACGUGUGUGCUAGGGUCGUUAGGUGAAGCGCGUGGGAGUGUGACAGGUCGUGAUAUGGGAAGGUGCGGCAGGGUGCGGCAUGCGUGUGCGCGGUUUUCCCUGCCGCCUAUUUACAUGCAAUUGGCGCGUGCGGGGUGAAGAGUAUCAGGACAGACGGUACCCGGCCUCAGUGCUGUGGGCCAAUGUAUGCAUCAGCUAUCACACAUUGUCAAGUCCGCACUGAGGGUUCUUGCCCCAUCCUUCAACU